UGGCGGACUUGACUCCUGAGAAUGAGUCGCUGGGCCGUAUGCCUGGUUAUCCUUGGCCUGAUCCUAGAAUGCCAUUGCUACUUGGACGAAUACGAUGAAUACAUGAAAUUCAAACAUGAGAGAGAUAUUUGUAAGAUGCCAGUACGCCAUGGAAACUGUCGCGCCAAGGCCUAUUCCUGGUAUUACGACUUCAAAAAUAAGACUUGCGUUAGAUUUUUGUAUUCCCUCUGCGGAGGCAACUCGAAUCGUUUCAUCACCAAAGCGGAAUGCGAAGAAUUUUGCUUAAAGGAUUGGUGACCUGCUUCCGCAUUCUCCUCCGCA